AUGGCCGCGGCUAUGGAACUCAAGUAUGACUGGGCACUGUGGUUGGACUCCGAAGCCAUUGCUGUGCAGCCGUUCAGCAUCAGGCAGACUUUCGACAGUUACAUAAAGAACCCAACAAUAUUCAGGUCUAAAAUGACCAACACCGACUUCAUGCGAGCCAUCAUAGGCAGCUCUGCGAACGUACUCAAUCGGGACAUUGAGUCGUUUGGGCAGAAGUUCUGGAACUUGGAGAGCGUGGAGUGGAUAUUUGAGAAGGCAGUCAUCGACGAUCUCGUUCAAUACGUGGAGAACACCCAUAACCAGGACUUUUGGACUGUCUGGGCCACUCGGGGUUCCCCAUUCGAAAUCAGUCUCUACAAUAUGCACGUUCAAGCACGGAAGCUGGAGACAACCAACCCAAUGUUUACGAAGUAUCAAAUCAUCGAAACGGAAACAGAGAUGGAGAGGUUUGGCAUCGGAGCGGCAAGGGCGAUCAUGGACACGAUGACAGGCACUGGAAUGCUCGAGAGAGGCUACGAACUCUUCAAAGUAGCAGAAGUCGUGCCUGGCUUCUCCGCAAUGUUGAGGAAGUUCGGACAACGUCUAUUUCGACUGGACGACCUCGGUAUCGCCCCGCCAGAAGUAAUCGACAAAUUCCUCUUGGACACACCAAUAGACAUUUUGUGCUCAGGUGCACCUCCACUACACAGCUGGUGGGAGCAACGAAAGAAAACCAUUAGAUAG